AUGUUACUUUGCCCUUAUAACACUAUCGCGAAUUACCUGUGCAACAUUGUGGUUAAAGAUUGCACGGUUGUUUACAAUGGAGUACAACUUUCUUGGUCGUUCUGGGUUGCGUGUAUCAAACAUCUGUCUGGGAACGAUGACAUUUGGUCACCAGCGGUGGGGAAAAUUGAACAAAGCAGGUUGUCAUGAAAUCCUGGACCGAUUUAUUGAUCUAGGUGGAAAUUUUAUUGAUACAGCAAAUAUGUACACCAAGGGAGUAUCAGAAACCAUUAUUGGCGAAUGGCUUGUAAAACAGAACAGAGAGGAUCUGGUCAUUGCCACCAAAGUAAGAUCACCUAUGGGGGAAGGUGUCAAUGAUAUAGGUCUCAGUAGGAAACACAUCAUGGCCAGCUGUGAAGCGAGUCUGAGACGUCUUCAAACAAACUACAUCGACCUUUAUUACGUACAUGGUUGGGACGAUGCCACUCCCCCUGAGGAAUGGAUGGGAGCUCUAACGGAUCUUGUCAAUGCUGGAAAGGUGCGGUAUCUUGGAGUAUCUAACCUAUGUGGGUGGCAAAUGCAGAAAGUAGUCAACCUCUGCAAAUAUGAAAAGUACCCACUGAUCGUCUGUUUACAGCAACAGUAUAAUCUACUCUGUCGACAUCCAGAGUUUGAAGAAUUCCAAGUCUGCAAAAUGGAAGGUCUUGGUGUUUUGCCUUGGAGUCCUUUGAAAGGUGGCAUGUUAUCGGGUAAAUAUAAGCGUGGAGUUAGACCACAGAUUUCGGCAGGAAGAAUUGGAGUUGUUGCUCAAGACGAGUCGAUGGCACUAGAGGUAGCUCCGGCCUGGAGCCAGUAUGAUCAAAAUGAGGACUUCUGGAAACUCGUGGAGGGAAUGGAGAGGAUCGCCAAAGAAAACGGAAAGACAAUACCCCAGGUAGCCAUUAAGUGGUUGCUGCAAAAGGACGUGGUUCCUUCUGUGGUCAUUGGCGCCAACAGUCUGCAACAGCUAGAAGACAACAUCAGUGCUGCUCAUAACUGGAAACUCACAAAGGAACAGAUGGAAGAACUUGACUCUCUCUCUAAUCCUGGUACCCCGUAUCCAUAUGAGAUGAUUUGGAGAAUGAACGCUAUAAGGGUGAACUCAUUCAAUCCUCAGCCGACUGUCACAAAUUCCGUGUAAAAUGUAAAGAUUCACAAGAAGACUUUGUUAUAUCUUAAACUAUUCUUUGUGAGUUACGUGGCAUAAACAUUUAAAUUUUCUUAAUCAUGAACUUGUGAAUUGUUCAUUUAUUAUAUACAAUAAAUCACAAAAAGGU